GGCGAAGGAUCACAGUGUGUUGUUGUUGUGCGCAUAUCCAUAUCUUUUUUCUUUCUUUCUGGCAACAGAAAACACAUGUUGGCUUCCGUCGACGAUGUCGUGGCGUGGGGAGAGUCACUCGACCAGCUUCUGGAGUGUAAAACAGGCCAGCUGGUGUUUGAGGACUUCCUGAGGACUGAGUACAGUGAGGAGAACCUUUUAUUUUGGCUGGCCUGUGAGAACUACAAGCAAAUUACCAGAGAGAAAGAAAUGACGGCAGCUGCCAAGAAGAUAUACGCAGAGUUUGUCCAAGUUGAUGCGCCUAGACAGAUAAACAUUGACUAUGUGACGAGAGAAGAAAUCAGGGAGCAUCUCUCUCAGCCGGAGCCAAAUUGCCUCGACAGGGCGCAGGGACUGAUAUACGGUCUGAUGGUAAACGACUGUUAUCCACGAUUUCUGAAAUCAGAAAUGUACCAAGUUCUUCUGGAACAGGCUGAACAGCAAUGAAAGCAUCGUGAGGAAAAGAUUCUGCACUUCAACCGACUGUCCUUACAAUCUCAGAUCAAACAAAAAAAAGGCUUGUCAGUCAGAAGAAGCAGAAGUGAAUGGAGGCGCAGAGUUGUCGGUAUGAGGUUUGACAGGGUCUUAAAAAUAAUGUCAAUAAUCUAUUGGGCAGCUUUUUAAGUCAACAUUGGUGUGGAUUGUUUUAUAUUGCAGAAAAGAGUAAGUUCUGAAAGGUUGACUUUUUAAAAUGUCAUUUGUAUGAUUUAUUAUAAAAAGGCAUGUUUAGUUUCUGAAGAGUUCAAUUUCAAAACUAUAUGUCCAGACCCGAAUGACAUCAGUUGAAAUCCGGUAUGAUUUAUAUUUGAUCGCAUUAAAAAAUAACAUUGUGUGCUGGUAGAAUCCCAAAAAUGUAAUUAUGUUGUUGUGUUUCUGAAAAAUCUGUAACAAACACUGUAUUUUUGUAAGUGAUCUAAUAUUGCUUUUGUUGGAUACACAUCACAUAACAGCAACUUUAAAUCAUAUCAUACUCCCGGCUCUUCAAUAAGUUAUUUAUUAAUAAGUAAAUGUUGUGUUUACUUAUAACUCUGCUGUGUUGUUUUUGUCGGACAAGUCCUGCAGCAGUUCUGGCUGAUUAUGAUGAAUAAGGACAAACACUGUGUAGCGUAGACACCUCCAAGAAACUCCUACAGGUACUGGAUCAAAAAGCAAAAAGGUAAAAAAAAACAACAGACAGAAGACCUGCACACUGCACUCAUAGCUCCCAGCUAUUCAUAUUUAAUAGAGCAAUAUUUUGUGUGGAAUUGUCAAUUCAACAUCACAAAGCGGAACAAGCAACAUUAUAUAUGCAUAUACAAAUAAAUGUGUGUGUGUACGACCAUAAUACUUCCCCAAAAGGAUUCAAGCAAAAUAUGCAAGUAUUACGAAGCAAUUAGUUUCUGAAUUUAUUAAUUGAUUCAACUAUCAAUUAUAUUUUAUGUACAUUUAAUCUCAAUGGACUAAAUUUUUCUUAAAAAUGUCAACUGUCAAGAUUUAUAUUGCAUU